ACAAGCAGAAGAUUGCUUGAUCUUUAGGGUCAAGCUGAUCUCUCUCUCCCCGAGUUUGAUUUAACAAAAUUGGAUUCGACAGAGAUGUGGUAACAACCCCAAAAUUAGAAUAGUCUCUUAGAUUUGUUUUAGAUUUUUUUCUUCUGGUUUAUUUUUUUUAUUAAUUUUAUCUUUUACAUUUUCUGAAAUUACUAAUCCUUUAAUUUUUCAAACACAAAUUGGAAAUUUCCGUGAAGCUUUAUAACUUUGAUCCUACAAUAUCUCCUUUUCCUUUUUAGUUUUUACGGCCAAGCUUCUUGCCUACCUAAUCCCUCCCUCUCUCUCUCUCUCUCUAUAUAUAUAUAUAUAUAUAUGUAUGCAUGUAUUUAUCUGUAUAUGUUUUUCUAACAUAUACGACUGUCCCUUCUCGCUGUAAUUCAUUGUCUGUGUCAUGCUCUGUUUUUCUCUCUAACCCAAAGCAAGGCCGAAAACAUUCGCAGUUUCUGAUUCUUCCAUUUAGGGCUUAAAUUUUGGCUCCAUGUCGAGAAAAAGCAAAAGGGUGUGUUUCAGUCCUGAAGUCAACGAGCAAUCAACAGUCUUUCUCAAGCAUGGCGGCGACGGCGCCAGAUUGUCACCGGUGAGCUUUUUACUGCGGCUUGGAGAAAAGGUGGUGGCUGGAGCUAUGAAGGUGGUUUCUAUGAAAAGAAGAUCUUCAAGAAAGGUGUCUUCUUCCACCAUGGUUAGGUCGCGUUCGUUAUCUGCAGGCUCUUCUGAUUCUCAUCGAGCUGAAGCUGUUGAAGAUUGUAUCGAGUUCUUGCACUCUUCUUCUUCUAGAGAGAGACCCAGUUGAGAGUUUUUUUAUAUUAUACGAGAAACAUGAUAUGGCGUGACAAAAAUAAUUUUCUGUUUCGAUGUAAUUUCAAGUUUGUCUCGUGUUCUUGUUUCUGAAGGAUUAGUGCUGCGUUGGUUCUGUAGAAUUUGAAGAGAUACAUGUUAGUUGUUACCGUUAGAGAAGAAGGUACGCUCUUCUGAUUUUUGAUGAACCUGUUCAUGAAAUGAGUAAGAACCUACUUAGAUAGAAUUGCAAAUUGCAAUCUCUUACUUUAA